AUGAAGAGAAUCGACAGCAGUUCCCUCUGCCGCCGCCGAUGUGACUGCAACGGCUGUUGCUGCAGCGUAUCCUGCCGGGCGCACCAAGCGCCUUACUGGUCCGGGGACCAGGGGCCAGCUCCACCGUCCCGGUGGCAUCCCCCUGGCCUAGAACGGCGGCGCCCGGAGCUGUCCCGGAGCUGGGCGUUGGCGGCCGAGGAGGAAGCAGCAGCCGCGGCGGCCGCAUCCUGGAUGAGAGAUUAUUUUGCAGAAGAUGAUGUGGAGAUGGUACCCAGAACAAGUCAUGCAGCAGCUUUUCUUAGGGACACUAAAGAUCAAGACCCUCCACCACAGUCACAUACCUGGAGAGAUGGUGAAAAAUUCUCCUUUGGACAGACACAUUCCUUGAGAGCAUUUGAAAAACUCCCUCAGGUGCAAACCCAGGCCCUUAGAGACUUUGAGAAGCACCUCAAUGACCUGAAGAAAGAGAACUUCAGCCUCAAGCUGCGCAUCUACUUCCUGGAGGAGCGCAUGCAGCAGAAGUAUGAGGCCAGCCGGGAGGACGUGUACAAGCGGAAUAUUGAGCUGAAGGUUGAAGUAGAGAGCCUGAAACGAGAACUCCAGGACAAGAAACAAGAUCUGGAUAAAACAUGGGCUGAUGUGGAAAAUCUAAACAGCCGUAAUGAAGCUGAGCUCCGGCGCCAGUUUGAGGAGAGACAGCAGGAGACAGAGCAUGUUUACGAGCUCUUAGAGAAUAAGAUCCAGAUUCUGCAAGAGGAAUCCAGGCUAGCAAAGAACGAAGCUGCACGGAUGGCAGCUCUGGUGGAAGCAGAGAAAGAGUGUAACCUGGAGCUCUCAGAGAAACUGAAGGGCGUCACUAAGGACAGGGAAGAUGCACCUGGAGACCAGGUCAAGCACAACCAAUACACUGAGGCCCUGGCCGAGAGGGACAAGUAAGUGCCUUUGGUGCUCCAUCUGUUACUUGUCUUUUGUCUGUUCU